AUGGUAGAUCAACCACAACAACAUGAUAAUCAUCCUAUUACUACUCUCAAACGUCGUAACAGUCUCCCUUCUGCCGUCAUCGUUCCGCCUCGUAAACCCAAACAAAUAAACGGAAAUCACCACAACACCACCAACAGAUCGCCGCCGUUACCGCCGUCGUUCUCCGCCGCGGAUUUCGAGCUUUUUCCGUUGAAGUCGCCGCCGCCGUUACCAUCAUCGGAUAACUACACUUCUUUAAGAGAUAUUCUCCCGUGUAGUAGUCCUUCCUCCAUUCUCUCACCUACUCCGGCCGUCGCACUCGCCGGAAUUUCAUCUUCUUCGUGUGGUUCGGGGUAUGAGAUUUCGAUUAAAAACCGUUUGGUUAAACAGGCUGCUUGGGCGUACCUUCAGCCUACUGUUUCGACUUCUCCUUCUUCUUCAUCUCGCCGGCUUUGCUUUCCCGGUGGAUUUUUCCGGCCGAUGUUUGUCAGUUUCCGGCGGACGGUGUCGGAUACUGUAACACGUGUCUAUGAUUGGUUGGUAGACGCUCUCUGGCUCAUCCUGUGCAGAUAA